AUGGUAAGUCUAGUUUCCAGAGUUAAAAUUGCUCUUUUGAAUUUAUACAAGUAUUUUCUAAUUCUAAAUUUCAGUUUAAAUGUUUAGUGUGUUUUUGAUGAUGUGUUAAUACGUUAUUGUUUUUUUCCCUUAGGCUCGGAAUGCUGAAAAGGCAAUGUAAGUGAUGAUAAUAUACGUAUUGUAGAUGUCUUUAAUUGCUUUUAAUUAGAGACAUCUACAUAAUUUAUGUUAUAGAUAGAUUAAUAUAGGUGAUGUGCAACCACUUCCAUGGAAUUCAAAGGACAAAGAGAUUUUCGCCAUGUUGGAUGAAUCGGAUGAUAUGUGCAUUCCAAACAAGCAAUGUCAUCCAACUUAGCGAUCUGUGGCGGAGCUGAAAAUGAAAUUAUUGACAGCAGUUUUUUGUCAAUGGUCAUCCGAUGUUGAUUAUUUACUAUAUGCUGUAAAAUUGGAACAAAUUUUUUUUUCAAUUUAUCUUAUUUCAACCACUUUAAUUGGAGGCCUACAUAGUUCAUUGCAUCCACACUGGUGAUCUAAUAUGUUGUCCCUGGUUGAUUAAUUUCUUGUUGAAAAGUACAAUAUUCUGGCAUUAGACAGAGUAAAAUAAAACAAAUUUAGGUAUGUUUUGGCUUAACCCAUUGAGCUGCAUGCACCCUACUUAUUUUUUUUUACUUGUCUAAUGCCAGACAAUUUUACUCAUCAACAGGGAAGCUAGUCUGAGCUUAAUGGGUUAACCAAGAAAUCUGACAAUAUCUCUAGUUAACCCAUUGAGCUGCAUGCACCCCAGUGCGCGCUACCUUUUUUUUUACUUGUCUAACGCCAGACGAUUUUACUUGUCAAUGGGGAAGCUCUGCAGCUUAGUGGGUUAACGGCUGAAUCAUGUGAUAACAAUCAAUCACAAUUUUCAGGGCAAUGAUGUCCAGGUGGACAGCCAUGCAAAAGGAAGAAGGCAAGGUCAAGGUGAGUCAAUUGUUUGUUAUAAUGUAAAGAAUGAUUGUUUUAUUGUUAUUGUCUCUAUCUUACGAGUACUUUACCAUUCCACCUGUCAAUAGGAAAGACGUCCCUACCUUGCUACAGAAUGCUCGGACUUGUCAAAGGCAGAAAAAUGGAGACGACAGGUAUUUGGAUUCCAGCAUAUUGUUAGUAUAUGUGAGGUUUUCUCUUGUACCCAUGAACAAAAACUGUUACUUAUAUGUUACUACUACUAACUUCACGAUGAUGGGCUUUCAUACAAAACGUUGAAGUUUCAGAUAGCUGAAUCACUCCAUAUCUGUAGCUUUUGUGUAAUGUAACAUGAAUAUGAUCAUUGUAUUAUAGAUCAUUGGCGAAGUGUCGAAGAAAGUUGCACAAAUCCAGAAUGGUAAUUGAAAUUACUAUAGUUAAAAUUAAAGUUUUUUUUGAAAAGCUUAUACACAUAGAAUAUAAUAUCUUCAUUUCUGUUGCUACUUAUCACUUCUAGCUGGUCUUGGUGAGUUUCGUAUCCGAGAUUUAAAUGACGAGAUCAACAAACUCUUGCGAGAGAAACGCCAUUGGGAGGAUAGAAUAUUGGAGCUUGGAGGACCAGAUUAUAAGGUACCAAAUUAUGAAAAAUACAUAAUUAUUAUUUCAGUGUACGAAGGUGUAGUGUUAUAAAGUUCUAAACUAAACCAUGCUGUAAAUAUUUUUGGCACUGAUAAAUUGAAAUGUUUUCUUUUCUUAAAAUGUUUUCUCUGCCAUGAUACAAAUUUUCUAGAGGAUUGGUCCGAAAAUGUUGGAUCGUGAGGGCAAGGAAGUGCCAGGAAAUAGAGGAUACAAGUAUGAAGUUUCAUCUCUAGAUUAUUUAGAACAAUACUAUAUUGAACAAUCUACAAUUUGACUCAAAUAUGUAGUGAGCAUCUUGUAUAGUUUUAAUAAAAAUUGUAAUACUUUUGUUUCCCAGGUAUUUUGGUGCUGCAAAAGAUCUCCCGGGUGUAAGAGAACUUUUUGAACAAGAACGUAAGUCAUCUGAUGUGAAAUAAACCUGAACGAAAGGCUGUUAUAGAUAGUUCUUACAAUUCUCUUGUCUUUCCUCAGCACCUGCACCACCAAGAAAAACUCGAGGUGAACUAAUGAAAAAGAUUGAUGCUGAUUAUUAUGGAUAUAGAGACGAAGACGAUGGUGUCCUAGUUCCACUAGAGAAAGAUGCUCAGAAGGAAGGUACUCGACCCUUACUGUGCCUCUAGAAAGAUUACAGUUUUCUAGAACUGGAAGAGUUUUUGAUUUGUUAGAGCUAUUUAGUACAAAUCAAGUUAAUUUAGAUUAGAUACAGUAAUUCCUCCUAUAGUAACACUGGAUCAGUUGGAAUGGAAAAAUAAAUUUUGGCAAAUGAAUAUGAUUGGUUGGUGAAAAGAAUUGCUGCAAGAUUGGGAAGGGUCCUCUUGACUUAAUUAUUGAUCUAUUACUUCCUCUUUAGCUUUAGCACAAGCGUUAGAAGAUUAUGAAAAACGUAAAGCAGCAGGGGAGAUUCCCGAGGUCGAGGAAGAAGAAGAUAUAUAUGCCACUGCAACUGAAACUGUUGUAUGUACCAGAUAAUGUGUACUGGUUAAUAUUAUUUACUGUUGUGUUUUUCUUCAUAUACAUAUUUUAAUUGAUAAUCUAGUGUUUGCCCAUGAAAUGGUAAGCAUGUUGCCUUUUACCACUGAGGUGCUUUCUCUGUAUUGACAGGAUAGCGAUGAAGACAAUGAGGAACAAGAUGAGGUCAACUUUGUCUCACAUGUCCCUGUACCCUCACAAGAAGAGGUGAGUUACCCACGAACCAUGAAUGAACUCCCCCUCCAAGAUUGAAUUAAAAUAGCAAUUAAAACUUAACCUCUUACCUCAUACAGGUGGAAGCUCUGCUGGUUCAGCGUAAGAAAAUGGUAAGGGGCACUUUGUAAUUUUUAAUCACAAAUAAUGUAAAAAUUUUACAAAACAACGAGGUAUGGCAGUAACAAGAAAUUAAUUUGUUUUCAUAGGAGCUUCUUGAAAAGUAUGCAAGUGAAACUCUGAUGCAACAAAGUCAAGAUGCUAAAGCUUUACUGGGUUUACAGUAG